GAGCUGCCGUCAGAACUCCAUCCUGCACCACCUGUCACGAGAGGAGCCCGUCGGAAAUAAGGAGGGAAGGAGGCUUCUGCUCCGUAAAGCUGCAGCAUGUCCUUCUGCCGCUUCUCUGGAGGUGAAGUCUACAAAGAUCAUUUCAGACCAGGUGUGUACGUGUGCGCCCAGUGUAACCAUCCACUGUUCUCCAGUCAGUCCAAGUUCGCCCACUCGUCCCCCUGGCCGGCCUUCACUGACACCAUCAGAGAGGACAGCGUCACCAGGAUGAUGGAGACUCUGACCGCCUUCAAGGUCCUGUGCGGCAGGUGUGGCAACGGGCUGGGCCACGAGUUUGUGAACGACGGCCCGCAGGAUGGAGCCUCGCGCUUCUGAAUAUUCAGUCACUCGCUCAAGUUUGUCCCAGGCAAAGUCUAAGGCGUGGGCAAGCAGUGAAGAGCGGGCCGACUUUCUGCUCUACCAGGUCAACAGGUCGGGUCGGUGGAUGACGUGGACGGGGAAAAGGCCCGAGAGGGACGUCCUGUUCACUGAAAGAUCUUAAACCGGCCUGUGAAGAAGUAAGCGGACCUCAGCUGUGCAAAUAUUCCUUUACGAAAAUAAGUUACAUUCCUCAAAUACCUCAUAAUGAAAUAGUUAAAUGGAAUCGUAAUAUUUAUGCUCAUAUUUUUAGUCAGUCUGCUCCUUUAGUGUCUUUAUUUAAAGAUUAUUUCAAACAUUUCUAAAUUUACAUUUUAUUUUGAAAACUCACCUUUGAGUCAGUUUACAAAUGUGAAAUAUUAUAGUGACUCCUCCAUUGUUGAUGAGGAACAAACAAUAAACAAUAGUUUAACACA